UCUUGAUCCAUUCGACACACAGUAUACACAAACCACUAUCACACCCAACCCACCGAACCCAAAAUGGCCCCUCCAGUCCUCCUAACCGGCGCAACAGGCCUCAUCGGCUUCAGGGUCUUGCAAGAACUCCUCCGAAACAACUACAGGGUGCGCAUCACCGCCCGCAGCGCCAACAAAGUCCAAAGCGUGACCACACACCCACUCAUCCGCCCGUUCGAGUCCCAACUCACCACGGCGCUCAUUCCCGACAUCAAUGCCGCCAAUGCAUUCGACGAAGCCCUGAAGGACGUCACAUACGUGAUCCACACGGGUUCGCCCGUCCCGAUCCCAGGCACAGACCCGCUCCGCGAUGUCUGGAGCCCGACAGUCGACGGCACAGCGAGCCUACUCACCUCGGCGCUGCGAUUCAGCACCAUAAAACGCAUUGUCUUGACCUCGUCCAUCGUCGCUACCAUCCCUUUGUCCCCUCUACCACCAUCAACAGCCCCCGAAGUGCCUGUUAGCAUAACAGCAUCCUCCCGCGUCCCCCUCCCAGCAAACACAACCGCCACGCCUGAUGUAUUCGAAACCUACGUCCUCGCGAAAACCAUCGCCCUAAGCAACGCAGACACAUUCAUGAAAACCCAAAACCCGGAUUUCACCCUCGCGCACGUAAUCCCGGGGUACGUACUCGGCCGCGACGAGCGGGUCCACGACGCCGAGAUGGCAGCCCACAUGCCUAGCUCGUGCGGGAUCCUUCUGCAGGGACUUACGGGGAUUGAUGUGCUGGUUCCGUUGCAUGGCGGGUUUGUGCAUGUUGAUGAUUUGGCGGAGAUGUUUUUGAGGGUUAUGGAGUUGGAGACGGAAGUCCAGAUGGAGAGUUUUGGGGCCUGUGUGCCGGUGGAUUUUGGUUAGGCGUGGGGGUCCGUGCAGCGGGAGUUUGCGGAUGAGGUUGCUAGGGGGGUUUUUCGGCAGGGUGAAAUGAGGACUUUGGAGGUGUGGUUUGAGUCGCUUGAGACGGAGGCGGUCCUUGGGAGGGCAUUUAGGGGUUUGAGGUUGCUGUUAGGGAUGUUGGGGGUUCUAUUUGGGGUUGUUGAGAC